GCCAUCCAAGCCAUCUUAAAAAGAACAACAAAGCAAGCUAUUCAAAUCACCACGCGCGCUUGCACAGGCAGAUAGCUUCCCGUUUUUAACUCGUGAAGAGCUAAAAAUAGCCUCGCCAUGCUCAAUCCUCUGUGCGUCAUCCCGGCUGCCUUCAUUGGGCUGAACGCCGUCCUCAUUCUUUCCGGUCUGACCUUCACUGGGCUGGGGGCUAGCGUGUGUGCGAAUCCCAAUGAUUACCUACCCUCGGAGAUGGGGAGCUUGACCAAGUUCGUUGGAGGUUUUUCUGUGUCGCUUGGACUCGUGUUCCUGGUCAUUGGAUCCCUGGGGGUGGCCGGCGCCCUGCUGAGGCUACCCUGCUUGCUGUACGUGUACACCUACGUCAUUGUGACGUUUCUGCUCUUCGUCCUCGUCGUCAGCGCAAUACUGCUCUUUUGUAUUAAUGAUGUAAUAGAUUUUGGCCAGGAUUUUGGAUUGAUGGCUUUAGGUGUAGGAUACACUGGUGUAUCAAACAACAGUAUCACAAAUGGUAUGGAUAAGCUCCAGGCACAACUGCAAUGCUGUGGAAUCACCAACUACACCAACUACAGGGACUUCGCCUAUUUGUGGCAGGGGCGGAGAAACCGCCUGAUUGUCCCCCCUUCUUGCUGUAUCGCCUACCAGGAUGCACGCCCAUCGGCUCAUAACAUAACAAGCUGCACUAUGGCCCCAAAAAAUACCAACAGCUACAUCCUGCGCCCAUGUUUCCCUGUCAUCAGGAGUUGGUUUGAAAAGAAACGACCAAUGCAUAUAGUGCUGAUAUUCUGGAUCUUGGCUAUUAGUAUCGGUCUAGCAGCACUCUCCUGUUUUCUCAGUACGUGUUCUACCUUCACACAGCCUUUGUAAGGUGCUUCUUUUUGUCAUGCUAACAACCCGAAGUAGAUGAAUGUUUGUCUAAAAUUGGACCAUCUAAUUAAUUUCUAGUUUAGAACCUUAAGUAAGUGUAUGUUUGUCUUCAUUUAGGUCUACUAAUAAUAUUAAUAGUUUACUUUAGAACCUAAAGUAGAUGCUGUUUGCUUUAAUUUAGGUCUACUAAUUAAGUCUUUUUGUCUAGUUUAGAACAUCUAGUAGAAGCAUGUUUGUCUUAAUUUAGGUCUACCAAUAUUUGUCUACUUUAGAAUCUAAAGUAGAUGCAUUUUUAUCAUAAUUAAUUUAAAGUAAUUAUGUCCUAGUUUAGGACUUUAAGUAGAAGCAUGUUUGUCAAAAUUUCGGUCAACUAAUUAUUUGUCUACUUUAGAACUUUAAGUAGAUGUAGGUUUGUCUUAAUUUAGGUCAACUAGUUACUUGUCUACUUUAGAACUUAAAGUAGGAACAGCUUUGUUUUCUUUGAAAUCAUUAAGACAUUAGACUAGUUAAUCGUCUUAACUAAAUGUGUUUGUCUUCCUUAUGUUUCAUAAUUUACAUCUACUAAACAUUCAUCUAACUUAGGGUUAUUUUAGAAGCAUGAUUUUAAUGUUAUUAUUUUAGGGAUAAUUAUAAAAGACAGUUAUUCGGUGUUGCUUUUAGAAAAAUUGUGUACUGCUUUUAGUAAAGCGAUUAUAGGUAGUAUCAAUCAAAAUAUUUAAAAUAGAUAACAAUCAAAUCUUUAAAAGGGAUAAAUUGAAGUGUAGGUAUAGACUUUGUAUAUUCACAAGUGUAGUUAAGAACGCGAUUGAAUAUAAGAAAGAGAUAGUGCGUAAAAUAAAACAGCUGUAGUAAAAUACUUUUAUGCUGUAUGUUUAUUAAGCAAGGCCAUUAUAGGGCAAAUUGCGGCGGCCAUUUUUAAAUUCUUUACACCAGCGGCUACUUAGUAAAAACGUUAAACGUUAAAAAUAAACACGCACUAAAGAAAAUUACCAUUUUUUUUCCAUUAACUAUGUUUAUUAAAAUGAAAUUUUGUUUGUCUUUUGCCAUCCGGCUGAAUGAAUUUACAAAUAAAGCUUGCGUGUAUCAUUACAAAAUUAUAAUUUUUUUCAAAUUUUAUAAAUAUUAAUUUAAUAAACAUU